AUCGAUAUAUCUUGGUGAAAAAACGUUGAUCAACACCGACCAGCAGAGGUACACAAAACAAGCGAAUUUAAUAAAUAUUGAAUCAAAUUGUAAAUUAAAAGCAAGAUGUCGGCUGAUGUACGUGAUAUUUUGGACAUUGAGCGAGCUAAUACGCCCGAAAUAACCAGGGACUCAUUCCUUGCAACAAAAAAGCGUAAUUUUGAGCGUACAAAACAUGCUUCCCGGCGUCCGGAAGGAAUGCACCGCGAGGUCUUCGCGCUGCUGUAUACAGACAAGAAGGAUGCACCGCCUUUGCUGCCGACAGACACUGCACUGGGCAUCGGGGCGGGUUAUAAACAAAACAAAGCUCGGCUGGGCAUGAAAAAGGUGCGCAAAUGGGAAUGGGCGCCUUUCUCGAACCCCGCUCGUAACGAUGCUGCAGUCUUUCAUCAUUGGAAGCGUGUUAGCGAUGACUCCACAGACUAUCCGUUUGCCAAAUUCAAUAAGCAAUUGGAGAUACCCACAUACACAAUGACCGAGUAUAACGCACACUUGCGCAACAAUAUUCAAAACUGGAGCAAAGUGCAGACGGAUCAUCUGUUUGAUUUGGCCAGACGAUUCGAUUUACGCUUUAUUGUUAUGGCGGAUCGUUGGAAUCGCCAACAACAUGGCAUCAAAACUGUGGAGGAGCUUAAGGAACGAUACUAUGAAGUAAUAUCGCUGUUGGCUAAGGCCAAGAAUCAGUCCGUUGAAAAGAAAACAUUCGUAUACGAUGGCGAGCAUGAGCGUCGUCGCAAGGAACAACUGGAGAAGCUCUUUAAGCGCACAACGCAACAGGUAGAAGAGGAGCAAAUGCUGAUCAACGAAAUGAAGAAAAUCGAGGCGCGCAAAAAGGAACGCGAACGCAAAACACAAGAUCUACAAAAACUCAUCUCUCAAGCAGAUCAACAAAACGAGCAUACGACCAAUACGCCAAGCACACGCAAAUACGAAAAGAAACUGCACAAAAAGAAGGUGCAUCAUCAGCCGCGACCCUCUAAAGUAGAUUCGGUGGUAAAUGCCAUCGAAAUUGGCAGCAGCGGCAUCAAAUUUGCCGAUCUACGCGGCUCUGGUGUAUCGCUGCGUUCGCAAAAGAUGAAAUUGCCCGCAAAUAUAGGACAGCGUAAGGUGAAAGCGCUCGAACAGGCCAUACAAGAGUUCAAAGUUGAUCCUGCUCCACCGCCCACAGAGGAUAUAUGCACCUCCUUUAAUGAGCUGCGUUCGGAUAUGGUCUUGCUUUGCGAACUGCGCACAGCUCUUUCCACCUGCAUCUAUGAAAUGGAGAGCUUAAAGCAUCAGUACGAGGCUGCCUGUCCAGGCAAGACGCUCAAUAUACCGCCCUCCUUGGUGCCCAUAAAGAGCGAAACCCUGGAGCCCAAUGCAAACUAGACAGGCAGCGAAUCACGGAAGAUAAUACGCACGUCUUACUAAUCAGCGCAAGAACAACAGUAACAACAAUUGCACUUAACCCGUUUGCCACUCGCUAUAUUUGUGCAUGUGCGCUACUCCCAGUCUAGUUAGUA